UUAAUGUCCUCCUUGACCUGAAUCAUGUUCUCUCAGAAGAGAUGUCUCCUGUGUCAGGGCUGGGGCACCACAGAGCAUGUGGGCAUGUUUUGAAGGGCCUGGUGACUUGCUUCCUCCUGGUGUUUCAGCCUGUUGGGUGAAUAACUGCAGCUUCCCCCAUCCCCUCCGCCCCCAGGGAGGCCUUGUCACUUCCAGCAGGCCUUCUAGCGCCCCCUGGAGGUCACCUUGCCCUCUAACACUUCAUGUUGCAGUUUGGAGCCAGGAUCCCAAUAAGUCCCUGCUCACACCACCAGCUGCUCCCCAGGGCUCCAGAGAUGGCUCUCAGUGGUAAGGAGACCUGAAAGGGGGACCCUGGGAGCCUCAGCACAGGCAUGUGCACCCUGAGGCCCCUCUGGCAUGUUGUUGAGGUCCACCUUGGGGACCAGGGUUGGCAUUGUUAUGACUCCGUGAGAGCCAGUCACAGCUGAGCAGUGAGUAACCAGGAUACUUUUCCUUCUUGGGCUGAUUUUUAUUGGUCCCGAGGUUAUAAUUACCUUGUUCCCUCACUAUCUUAGUUCCUGUUGUGCUCAUUCCUACCCCCAUCCCAGGGUUAGACUCUCCAUGGACACAUCACACAGCCCAGCUCUCCUGCCCGCUCCAUCCUCCAACCCUUGAAGUCACCCAGAAUCUGUCACAACUCCAUGAGGUCAAAACGAUGUUCAAAACAUCACUAGACACCAUUUGUGUUUCCACUAUUUUGGCAUUUAGUGACGUAAAAUUUAGUAAGAGUGGAGAUUAUAGUACCAGCUGCAGAAGCAAUAAUUCUUCCCAGCACUUACCUGCAGAAACAAAAGCUAAAGACAGCUUCACUUGAAAAUGUCCUGGAAAAAGCUUUAAAAGUUGCUGUCAUUUUGUGCCAUCCUCAAAUUCACAUUUUAAAAUACCUGGUGUGAUGAACUGUGAGCACACAGAGCUCUCUGUGGGAUUCCCUCACUGCACCAAAUUUGCAUAGAUGAGUAAGAAUAUGUUUAUUUGUGGCAACACCAUCUUUACUUGAAGGGAUGAAAGACAAAAAUUAAAGUUAUUUAGAUUUAGUUAAUUAACAGACACUUUCCUCAAAUGAAUGUCUGCUUCUUUAGGAAAAUCAAGACCGUUGACAAAUGAUAGUAAUUUUAUCUUGAUGAAGCAUAAGCUCUCAGAGAAAACCUGAAUUAUGAAAAAUUGUUGUCAUCACUACUUGACAGCUUAUUAGUACUUAUUUUACUUCUGGGAUUUGUGAUCAAAAAAUAAAACUUUUUUUUUUUAUAAUUUGAUUCCAGUGUAACACUGAAGAUCUAUGUAACUUAGUAAACAACAUAUUACCUACAAAAAACCACCACACAUUAGCACAAGUUCUAGCCAAUAGGCAAGAGAGGCCUAUAGAAAUGCGACAGCACAGGAGAUACUCCAUGGUGUUAUUUCAGGUUUCCCUUUGCCAAUAACCUUCGAGAACCACCUGUAUAGUUUUAAUUUCAUACCAAAGUGGAAUAUUAACAGUUUUCUGAAAACACUGCCCAGGUUCCCACUCCCUGAGGUUUUUCUCCACUGCGAUGACCCAGCCCAGCCCCAGGGAGCCCCGCUUCAUCACGGUGGGCUACGUGGACGACACACAGUUCUUGCGGUUCGACAGCGACUCUAUGAAUCAGAGUGUGGAGCUCAGGGCACCCUUGGCGGGGCAGGUGGGGCAGGAGGAUCUGGACGAGGAGACCGGGAACCAGAAGAACGAGGCUCAGUGGUUCAAAGCGCUGUUGCAGGAUCUGUACGUCCACUACAACCAGAGCAACAACGGGAUUCACACCGUCCAGAGGAUGUGUGGCUGCGAGGUGGGGCCAGCCUGGAGCUUCCUCCGCGGGUACGAGCAGUUCGCCUAUGAGGGCACCAAUUACAUCGCCCUAAACCCGGACCUGCGCUCCUGGACCCCCGCGGACACGGUGGCCCAGAUCACCCAGCGCCAGUGGGAGGCUUCAGGGAGGGCGGAGCAAGUCAGGGCCAUUCUGCAGGGCAGGUGCCUGAAGUGGCUCCGCAGACUCCUCGAGCUGGGGAAGGAGGUGCUGCAGCGCACAGAUCCCCCAAACACACACAUGACCCACCACCCUAUCUCUGACUGGAACGUCACCCUGAAAUGCUGGGCCCUGGGCUUCUACCCUGCGGAGAUCACCCUGACCUGGCAGCGAGAUGGGGAGAACCUGACCCAGGACACAGAGCUAGUGGACACCAGGCCUGGGGGGGAUGGAACCUUCCAGAAGUGGACAGCUGUGGUGGUGCCUUCUGGAGAGGAGCAGAGAUACACGUGCCAUGUGCAGCAUGAGGGGCUGCCGGUGCCCCGAGUCUUGAGAUGGGAGCCCUCCACCCCCACCGGGGGCCUCAUCGCUGGCCUGGUUCUCCUUGGAGCUGUGCUCACUGGGGCUGUGGUGGCUGCAGCUGUGAUGUGGAGGAAGAAGUGCUCAGGUAGGGAGGGAGUGGGGUCCUGA